AGCUGUCAAUGGUUCUGAGCUGAAAGAUGGGCUGAAAGUACCCAGAGUUUUGUAUCUUAUGGAAAAUAAAGGUGAAUAUGAGAUCUUGAACUUUAUGGUCCCUUCAGCCUAAUGUCAUUUUGUAUGGGUUUCCUGCUGAGCUUGGAGCAGCAUUAUUCCAGAGUAGGAGUGUACAAAACAAUUCCCUUGUUAUAAUAUAAUCCAGUCCACUCCCAGAUGAAAUUUACAUUUCGGGCUCCUGACCGAUUAAAUCUGCCUUUUGAGGGAAGCCUGUUGCAAAAAUUCCCAACAUUAAUCAACUAAUGCUGUUGAUUGUUCAUCUCUGCAACUUCGGAAGCUAAUGUUGGAACUAUUGCAGCGAUCCCCAUUAAUAACCAGUUUCAGAUUAUACAAGGCUGAGGAAGCUCUUUUAAUUGAUGACCCUUUUACACGUUUAUGUAGGAUCCGUAUACAAGGGGACCGAACAAACUACCUCUUUGAGCUGCCAGAUGAUGAAUGCUGUUUGAGUUUCCUCACUGAAGUGAAAAAGGUCCAACAAGCUUUAACCAAAAGCAUUGGAGCUGAAAAAGUAAUAAAGGAUCCAUUUGGAAUGGAAUCAGCAAGUUGGCCCCAAAUGUUAGACCCAUUGCAUGGCAAGCCAAGUGGAGCAGUUAACUCAGAAUUUAGGUUUGACGAUGAUUUCAGUGAUAUUCUAAAUCUGGAGAAGAAAAAUCAACAGAACCAAACUGUAAGCAGUUUUACACCUGUGGCAGUGCCUCCUCGGAUAGAGCCAACCACUGAGAAGGAUGCACCACGGAAUGGGCAGCCAAGAGUAUCCAAUACUAUGCGAAAGCUGUUUGAGCCAAGUAAUCAGUCUGGUGCCAGAGAAGGUCUGAUUAAACAUUACCUUGCCCGACGUGAAAGAGAAUUUGUCAACAUUCAGAAUUUUAGGUUUUUUAUUGGCACCUGGAAUGUGAAUGGACAAUCCCCUGAUACUAGCUUGGAUCCAUGGCUUCGUGCUGAUCCUCAGCCACCUGAUGUGUACUGUCUAGGUUUUCAGGAGUUGGAUCUGAGUACUGAAGCUUUCUUUUACUUCGAUUCUCCCAAGGAACAAGAAUGGCUGACUGCUGUAGAGAGAAGUUUGCACCACAAAUCCAAAUAUUACAGAAUUAGAUUGAUUCGUUUAGUUGGAAUGAUGAUGCUCGUAUUUGCUAAAAAGGAGCAUGAAAAGUACAUAAGAGAUGUGGAAGCAGAGACAGUAGGAACAGGAAUCAUGGGAAAAAUGGGUAAUAAAGGUGGAGUGGCAGUCCGGUUUGUCUUUCACAACACAAGUUUCUGCAUAGUGAACUCUCACCUAGCUGCUCAUGUGGAGGACUUUGAGAGACGGAAUCAGGAUUACAAAGAUAUCUGUGCUCGCAUGAUUUUCCAAGUAGCUCAGCAGAAUCAACCUUCUACAAGCAUUAGUAAACAUGAUGUUGUUAUUUGGCUCGGGGAUCUGAAUUACAGACUCUGUCUCCCAGAUGCCAGUGAAGUGAAGGCACUGAUAGAGAGGCAAGAUUUGAAGAAACUUUUGGAAUAUGACCAAUUAAAUAUUCAACGCAAAACUAAGAAAGCAUUUGCGGACUUUAAUGAAGGGGAAAUUCAUUUCAGACCAACUUAUAAGUAUGACACCAAAUCUGAUCGAUGGGACUCAAGCGGCAAGUGCCGUGUCCCAGCAUGGUGUGAUCGUGUGCUCUGGAGAGGUGAAAGUGUACAUCAGAAAAGUUAUCGAAGUCACAUGGAGCUUCGAACCAGUGAUCACAAGCCUGUCAGUUCACUCUUGGAUAUUGGGGUGAAAAUCGUAGAUGAACAGAGGUACAAGAAAGCGUUUGAAGAAAUCGUUCGAGUGAUGGAUCGGAUGGAGAAUGAGUUCUUACCUUCUUUAUGCCUUAGCAGAAGAGAUUUUACCUUUGAGGAUGUUAAGUUCCGACAGCUGCAAAGGGAAAAGUUUCAGAUAACCAAUGAUGGGCAGGUGCCAUGUCAUUUCUCCUUCAUUCCCAAACUGAAUGACAGUCAUUACAGCAAACAGUGGCUGCGGGCAGAACCUUGUGAAGGCUAUGUCGAACCUCAUGAAUCUGUGGAUAUAUCACUUGAAGUUUAUGUUAGUAAGGACACUGUGACAUUAUUAAACUCAGCUGAGGAUAAGAUUGAGGACAUCUUGGUUUUGCAUCUGGAUCGAGGAAAGGAUUACUUCCUUACUAUUGGUGGUAACUACCUGCCAAGCUGCUUUGGUACGUCACUUGAAUCACUGUGUCGAAUGAAGAAGCCAAUCAGAGAAGUGCCCAUCACCAAGCUUAUUGACCUGGAUGAUGACAGCGUUUUACAUAAGGAGAAAUCUCGUUUAGAACUUGUCUCAGUGGAUAAUACAGGAACUGACAAUAAACCUCUGCAGAUUCCAAAGGAAAUUUGGUUAUUGGUGGAUCAUCUGUUUAAAAAUGCAAGUCGACAGGAGGAUUUGUUCCAGACACCUGGUACGCAGGGAGAACUUCAACAGAUUUUCGACUGCUUGGACACAAGCAUUCCAAACACUAUUCCUGGCAGUAACCAUUCAGUAGCUGAAGCUUUGCUCAUCUUCCUUGAAGCCCUUCCAGAGCCUGUGAUAUGUUAUGAACUGCAUGUUCGAUGCCUAGAAACUUCAUUUGAUAGUCGCAGCUGCAGACAGUUAAUAUUGCAGUUGCCUCGCUGUCACAGAAAUGUGUUCAAGUACUUAAUGGCAUUUCUACGGGAAUUGUUGAAGCAUAGUGAAGAGAAUAAGCUUGAUGCCAAGAUGCUAGCUACUCUGUUUGCAAGUCUUCUUUUGAGGCCACCGCCAAACUUAGUUGGGAGGCAAACCCAGAAUGAUCGACAACGUGCUGUGGAUUUCAUCUAUGGCUUCCUGACCAGUGGAGAUGAUGACUAAAUGCUAGGCAAACAUACCAACACACCUUCGUUGCACUGUGAUAGUAGCUACAUCUGUUAAAGUCGUGAUUGAAUGAUGCAAGUAAUGAGACCUGUUUCUUUCAGUAAUUUCAGUUUUGACCUGAGUGAAAUAAGGCAGCUGCUUAAUCUUUUCUCAAGUAGCUAAGAAUGCUCGUCACAUUGCGACCCAGCGUGGCCAUACACAUUCUCAGCAGUUGCAUUGCUCUUGUCAAUCUGAACUUUCAUCAAAUUAUUGUCUUUUUCUAGUAAUAUAUGCAAAAAGUGCAUUUAUUGCUAAAUUAGUUCAAGUUAAGAGUGGGAAUCCUUUAUGUGGUUGAAAGUGACUGAAGAGUGAUGUCUCAGGUGAAACAGGAAAUAUGCCUCAAUCACAGGACAUGAAACCUGUAUGUGCUCCCAUCACUGAAACACAGUACUUGAUUAUAAUUCUCGCAGUGCAUAGAAAAUCGUUUGAAACUACAGUAAAUGAGUUCAAGCUGUAAAUUAUUCCGAUGAGUAAUAAUGCUUCGACCCCCCCCCCCCCCCCCCAACAAUUGUGUCUCCUUAGUAGCAUUCUGUUUCAUUGUGUCGUGGUGGAGUAAAAGAAAUUUGCAUAAGAGAUUGUUCUAAACUUUCAGCCUAUAUACCUGAAUAAAGAAGACCACAUGGAAGCAGCAAGUUGUUGGCAAGGCAAAAAGAAUGCUUUGCUCUGAUUUUCAGGAAUAAAAUUUCUCUAAUAUAAAUCACAAAGUAUUUAUUGUUUGAAACAUGACUAAUGCAUAAGGUUUUGUAUAAUUUCCAAAAUUCUUGAUGCCCUUAAACAUAAUUAGGCCAGCAAGUAUGCAACUUGUCUGCAGAGUUUGUGCUGAGGUCUGUACACAUUUUGGAACAUUCUCUUCAAGAAAUGGAUGUAGCAAUGUUUAUUUGCUUUUUCUAUAUUGAUUUAAUAUUAAAUUUGUGAUUUAGAAAUUGCAUAUGCUUUACCUAUAAGAUAAUACUGCAGCUUUGUUUUCUAAUUUCUGCAUGAUAAAGUUGAAGCCUACUCUGUCAUGUAAAAAGAAAAAAUGGUAAUGUUAUACAAUGUUAGAUUCCAAACCAAUUUUAGACCAUUAAAUUCCAGAUCCAGUGGCGCUUUUAAAUUUAGAUCAGUCUGGUUGAAUGGCUGAGUUUUGCCUAUUUUGAACUGGAGUGCUGCAGCUCAGCAUCCAGAAGCACAUUUCCUGUUUGCCAAUCUGAGUAAUAUUACGGUGCCAUAAAUUUUUCCGGCCCCUUUAAAUUGAGAAAAAAUGAUGUAUGAAUGUUACUUCAAUCUUUUCAUUCAUUUGGAAUAAUUUUAAAUUGAAACCAUGUAUCAUUCAAUCACUAGUAAAAAGCCAUGUGUUAAUCAGUUUAACUGAUGUACUGUUGCCAGACCCUAGUCAUGGGGACACUAGCAUGUGUAUAUAUAUAUUUAAAAAUCUAUGGCAGUGUCAUAAAAUUUCUGCAGCCCAGAGUACUUUCAGUACAAUGUAUACUCCUAAGUAAGGUGCAGCUAUAUAUUUUUUUCCAAAAGCAGCCAACUCCUACUUCAGAUGAGAUGUUUGUAAAUGUCUGUAGAGAUGCUUUGUGUUCAAACUCCACAUUCCGUUAUGAACACCUUUGCUGAGAAUAUCAACACUAAAAACCUUUCAGCUCGAUUUCAAUUGUUUGAUCUUUUCUCCUCAAUGCAUUGCCUGAAAUAAUGUGAAGACUGUAAUACUUUUGUACAGUUAACUUAAUUUUAAUGCAAAUUGGCUGGAUUCUAAGAGUUGAAAGAUAUCAGUUAAUUAGUACCAAUUAUACAUCAGUUGAAAUUAAAUAUAAUCAGGCAGCUCAAUUCUUAAAGUCACUGAUAUCUAGAAAAGCAGAAGCAUUAAUAUGAAACUUUGGUAUGAUAUUUUGCUAACUUGGCCAGAGCAAAUUGAAAUGAUUGAUAUCAAUCAAAACCAGGAACUAAUUGAAAGCCCUUUAAAUUCCUCUCCAUCAAUGUAUUGAGCUAUUAAAGUGUCUUCAGCUGUUGUUUAAAGGUUUUAUCAUCUUUGCUUUUAUGACUGUAGUGCCAGAUGUAAGUCAACAGACUUGAUAAACUGAAAGAGAGGCUUAAUUCAAAAGGCCAGUUACCGGAAGCAUUCAAUGUUAUUGGUGUAGAGGGCAGGUCUUCAGAUGCUAAACUAUGAUUUGCAAUUUUUGUAGUACACUACACUGUAUAUUUUGAUCUUUAGGUUCUUUCAUUAUCGUAGUUAAAUUUUCCAAUUAAAAUCAAUUUAAAACUGUGUCCACAUCAUUUGUCAUUUAUUAAUAUAUAAAGUUAUGGCUUCUCUUCUUUGGACCUUUUGAGUUAUCAGAGAGCUUAUUUUCAUAAUUGACAUCCUGAAAUGGUAUCAAAAAUUUGAGCUAAAUGAGGAAUGCUAUAUUCAUUAUAAAUGUUUGCUAUCAAACAGUUGUUUUGCUGUGCUACCUGUAGAAUGAAACCUGUUGUUUGUUAAUAAUGCAAGCAGUGUAGCUAACAACGUAUGGCUAAUUCCAAUAAUACAUUUUUUUAAAUGGGACACAAAGUAGUGUGAAGUAAUUGUUAUAUUCUAGCACAUCAAAAUACAAGCUCUUAAUUUUUUGAGGUGGAGAAUUGUAUUGUUCAUUCUGUGGUAUUCCGUGAUGACAUCACAACUACUGCUUGUUAAUUGUUUACUAAAUAUAGUCCUUAUUCACUCUUCAUACUGUCUGCUUUGAGUAAGUAAGGAAGGCAUGUGUUCAAUUCUGAUAUUCAGUACAGGGAAAAUCUUUGUAAUUGUGUAUUCAAGACCAGAUCUUUGAAACUACUUGUUAAAGUUUAAAGUAUUUGUCCAUAUUACUGACCCUUCUGGAAGUAAUGUUUCGUUAUGGUACUUUAAUGUAUGUACUUUUUCUUCUACUGUAUUGUAUAUUUACAAUAUCAGUGGGUCACCAAUCCAUUGUCUUACAUGUAUUAUAGUACUGUUUAUUGAGCAGUAUGUAUAUUUGUUUUCCUUUUAUUUUGGCAAUAAGUAUGCAGCUAUUUUGAAACCUUUUUUGAUUAAAAGUAAAGGAAGGUUAUCUCAGCUGCUGAUUCAAACAAACAACAAUAACACUUCAAGAGACACUGAUUCUUAGUAAUUAACCCUAUAAAAGUGUUUAAAUUUAUCUUAACAUGCUUUUAUAAAAAUGUAGAUAAUUUUGUGCUUCCAGGUUUAGGAAGUAACCUUUUAAUGAGUUUUCUCACGAGUCAUUCUUAAGGUGCCUGAACUGUCUGUAAAAGUAGGUGCUGUCUGUCUGCUCAGGUCAAAGGUUGGAUAAAAUAGUUGAGGUGUCUUCUGUGGAUGUAAGUGACAAUGUAUUUUGAACUUGACAUCUUUAUUUAUUGACCAAAAACCUAGCAGCUUCAGCAAAAACUUUUUAUGUUUAAUAUUUAUGUUACGUAUAUGCAUUGGUCAUAGUGCCUUGUGUGGUAUACGUGGAAGGUUUGCUUAAAUCUCCAACACAGGCUAAAAUACUCACGUGGCUGUAUUUUUGGGUAGCAUAUGGUCAACUUUACCUGCUUGCUGCAACGUUUGCCUUGCUCAUGAUUUUCUCCUCAAAGUUAAAAUUACAGUUCUUUCAGUUCAUCUAGAUCCAUACCUGUAUGAUCAAAAGAGUCAUGUUGCAGGCCUAUGCAAAAUGCCAUCAUUUUGAAAUUAGUGUGCACUACUCCACUUUCAGAGCAUUUCCCCCCUCCUCCCUGCAAUAGAGACAUUGCCAAACUUAGAACCUGAGCAAGGUGGAGGAUCAAAUGUUCAUACCACUUGACACUGAGAUUUACAAUUCUGAUGCUGUGUCUGUGUUAUUCAGAAUUUUGUUCCAAGUUGGAGAGUAGGGCACUGCUCAAUCUACUUUUUAUUGUCAAUGCAAUGUCCUUGUUAUUGUUCAAUUGCAUGAUGUUUAAUAAAAUCGACUGUUUCAAA